UUAGUUGUGUAAACCAGAAGAAAAACAUUUAAAUUGUAUCUCAAUUUAACGUAACAAUUUUAAUUAUUCUCUCUAUUACCAUAGAAAAUAGUAAAUUGUACUUGUGGAACAAAAAAAUAUUCUAUUCUCUUUGCCUGUUGAAAAUUCGUCUAAAUUUUCAUUGGUCCAUUUUUAAUUUCUCUUUCUCUUUUUCUCUCUUUCUAUUUUCGUUCCAAGAUUAACUUCUUUGUCUUUCUUUUUUUUUUCUUCUUUUUUUUCUGAUUGUUUGACACAAUUGAUUCACUCUGAUUUUUUUUCAUCGUCUACAAAUCAUCAUCAUGAUAAACUGACUUUCCCUUUGUUAAUCAACUGCAACAACAUAAACAAUUACCAUGGAUAUUCAACAAUUUGUGCAACUUUAAUCUCUAAUCCACAAUCAAGAUUGACAUUCCAACGACAAUCAACAAACUGGUAACAUCGCAAUAAACUCCGACAUCAAUAUCUAUCGACGCCAUUGUUGUUUGAUUAUUUCUUUUGGAGACUGUAAUCAUUUCACCAAAUUUGUGAUUCAUCAUCAACACUUUUUGUCUCUUGUUUUUUUUUACCAACGUGUUAUCUUCGUAAUUAUUCAACAUCAACAAUUGAUAUUCGUUGAAAUUGUAAAAUAAUCAAUUUAAUUUUCUUCUAGACGAAGAAAACAAAAAGAAAAUUAGAGAAGAAAAAUAUUCUUUUCUCUUUUUUCUCCAGUUACUUUGGGAUAACAACUUGUUCUUAAUUUUUCCCCUUCUUUCUGGUCCAAUUGUGACUAAAAAAGUGUUUCAAUCAAUCAGAAGAACAACUUUUUCUCUAAACCGAAUUUACCAGUGACUAAUUUAUUCUAAUUAAUCUGCUAAUUUUCUCCUUGAAAAAUAUUAAUUAUUCUCUUCUCACCUUGAUAAAUUAGAAAGAGAAAUAAAAUCAAAACAAUGGCUCCAAUCAACAAGAAAUUUCGUGCUGUUGAUGCCCUUAAACACUCAACAUCCUCUUCGUGUUCAUCUCCACCCUCUUCGCCCUCAGUUUCUUCACCACCCUCAGUGAUUGUUAGAAAUGAUUGUCAAAGGUUAGAUAUAAAUGGCCUCUAUUCUUCCGAUUCUGAGCAAGUUAUUCUACCUCAUGAGGAAAAUCGGAGACAAUUGAAGGUUAAUCCUGAUAUCUCACAGCAACAAGAUUCACCGAUCGAUGCUACACUUGGUGCUAAAAUAAAUUGUUCCCUUCUUGAUAAUCAGAGUAUCGUUCCAAGUGAUUCAACAAGUAAUGAUUCAGUUAUCAUUUCAACUCAAACCUCCGAUGUUACCAAUUCACAACGUUCAUCGUUACAAGUAAAUGAUAAUCAAAUUGGAACAUUAUUCUCAUCAUCCAUUUUACCGCCAUCUCUUUUUCACCAUCAUUCUCAAGAAAGUAACUUAACCCGUCGUCAAAAUUAUUCUCAACAUCGUCACAAACACUCAGAACAACAUCGUCACUCUAAACAAGAUUCAGAGUUAUCUCAAAAUUCUGUGGCUCAAUAUCAUCAUUCAAUUCACAAUCAUUUACAUUUACACCCUGAACAGAAUAAGGAUCACCAUCAUCACACCAAUAAUGUUACCCUUAAUCCUCAUUGUACAAUUUCAUCUCCAUCGGUUUCACCUUUCGAUCAAUCUCCUCGGAAAAAUUAUCAAUUCAAUUUUCCAUUCUCACCAACAUCUUCUGCUCAAUCACUACCUCCUUCUCCUGCAAGUGUAAUCACCGAAAAUGUUGGCCACUCAAAAGAUUCAUUUUCUUCUGAAUCAGUUUACAAUGAUUCCAAUGGAAUUCGAACUCGAGCAGAUAAUAGUAACUCUGAACCCUUUCCAUAUGAGAAAAAUAGAAAAAUGAAUAAACGUUUCACCAAAUCACCACCUUCGUUAAUACCUAGUGAUUCACAUCGUCACAUCUCUUACAGAAUGGAUAAUGUAUCACCUACACCAAGUAAAUCAUCAACCAACUCAGAGAGUCACAAAUCAUCAUCUUCAUUAGGUAAAGCAUCUUUAGAUAAAGCAAGUGAAGAGUAUCGAUUACGUCGAGAAAGGAAUAACAUUGCUGUACGAAAAUCAAGGUCAAAAUCGAAAGUAAAAUUUAUUCAAACUAUUGAUCGAAUGAACCAAUUGGAAGAAGAAAAUUCUAAACUUCAUGCUCGAAUCGACGAAAUGUCAAAAGAAGUUACCGUUCUACGUUUACUAGUCUCAAGGUACCACCGAGAAGAUCCUCGUCGAUUAGAACAUUUGGAACAUUUAUUAGCCAUCGAAAUGUCUCAGGAAAUAACGAUGUUAGAUAUUGGUAACAAUGGUUCGCAAGCUCGUAAUUAUCACGAUUCCCGUCGCAAUAUCAAUUCAUUUUACAAAGAGAGAUAAUUCCUGUUAAUAGAAAUUUUCAUAAUCUAAUUGUCACAGUUCUAAAUUUUAUCGGAAUGAAAACUAAAUGUUCAUCGAUAAUCAGCUGGAUAUAUAAUAUAUUUCACCAAUAAUAAUAAUAAGCUAACGGAAUCAACAAAAAACAGCAGCUUAUAUGUUAUAAUAAUUAUGGUUAAUCAACUAUAAGUUUAUUACAAUUUGAUGUUUUCUUGAUUUUUGCUGGAAAUGUUGCUUUAAACAAUCAAAAUGAAUCAUUUAUAUAUAUAAUUGUUACCCUGUUAACUGUUGCGAUAAGAAUUACCCAACUAAGAUCAUUAUAUUAUCUAUUAAUUGUCUUAGUUUAAUCAAUUAUUCUUUCCAUAAAAAGAAAAAUAUUAAUUUAUCAACAAUAAUAAAAAAAUAAACUCGUAA